AUGAUUAAAAAUAUAAUAAACCAAUUUAUUAAAUUAUUCGGACAAGAAUAUUUGGGAGAUUGGGAUGCUAUACAAAAUUUAACAAUUAAUUCUGUUACCUCACCAGAAAUCUUACUGAAGAAUGUCCCAUUUCCAGAAAAGUUAUUCGAAUUGGCAGAGCUACCUUUCGAAAUAAUUUAUUCGAAUAUAAAAAGUCUGCGAAUAAAAUUUCAUUGGUCAUCUAUUUUUUCAAACAAUGUUAGCCCAAUAAAUAUUUGUGCAAAUGAUCUUUUCCUUGUUAUAAAAUUUUCAUACCCAAGUUUGUGGGAUACUAACAAAAUAAUUAAUCAUCAGUAUAAAUUAAAAAAAAAUAAAUUAGACAAAUGGGAUAGUAUUAAUAUAUCUAAAGAAAAAAAGGAAGAUAAUUUUUUAAAAUCAUUACCUAUAAAAUUGGUGAACUCUUUAAGAAUAUUGGUGAAGAAUAUUAAAAUCGUUUUUUUCGAUAAUUACAUUCAUAAAAAUCCAUUUACUUUUGAAUUUUUCAUAAAAAGUUUUAAAAUUGACGAACUGAACAAGUAUAACGUUAAACUAACAGAGGAGGAGAAGAAAAAUAUUAAAAAGAAUUUACUAAUUAACAUAUGGAUAAGAUUCAUAGGACUACAUAUUCUUUUUAAGGAAUACAAAAAAAAAAUUAAAUAUAAGAAACAGCUUAAAAAAAAAAAAAAUGAACAAUUGUACAACAGCGAAAAGGCUGGACACAAUGUGCCCAAAUCGAAGGACGACAAUAUAGAGGGAAAAGAGGAAUAUUUCCUGACAGCUAUUGAGAAUCUGUUUAGUGAGAGCGGAAGUUCUGUUUAUCGAAAUAAGAAGAAGAACUGGAAGAAGGGAAAAAAAAAGACAUCGUUUAAUAGUCACGAAUUUGUAAAAGGAGUUUUUUCAUUCAGUGAUUACGAAAUUAAUGAAAGGAUAAAAGAUGGAUAUUUAAAAAAAAGAUCCAGGAGAAAUAUGCGCUCAGAGAAAUUUGGAAAAAAUAUGUCACUAAAGAAAUAUGGAGGAAAACAUAAAAAGAGUAGGAAAAAAAGUAAAAAUAAUUACAAUUUUGAAAUACCUAAACACGAUUUAGGAUUUAGGAUAACAUCGAAGGAUGGGUUAGAUAUGCAUGUUAUUUUUAAAAAAUAUGAUAUAAAAGCAUUAAACGAAUUGAAAAGUGACAUAAAAUGUUUUAAGCAUCUGGAGUUAUCCUUGGUUAAGCAUAACAAAGAUGAUACCGAUGAUGAUAUUUGUAAUAAUGUAAAAAUGGAGGAAGAAGAAAAUAUCAAGGGGUCAUGUUACUGCUAUAACUAUGGUAAUAGUAACAUUGAAGAAACAAAGAACGAUUCAUUUUUUAUAUCAAGUAAGACAAAUGAGCAUGAAGAGAAUAAUAAUAUUUGCAAUAGCGAAUUAAGAAAUUACGAUGAAAUAAUGGAAGAAUGUUUUAGAAAUGAUUAUCCUCCUAUGUUCAAUGAUAUUUCUACGUAUGAAAAUUUAAAUAUCUUUUUCACCACAUCUGCUUUAGACGCAUUUUAUAAUUUCAUAAGGUAUAUAGAAUUUUCUUUUCUCUACAAAGGUGGGUGUUCGAAAAUUUUCAACAUCAUUCCGAGUAUUGAGAAUUGUAUAAAAUAUUCAGAAUACAGAAAGCUGCGAAAUGAGAAAAAUUACAUAUAUAACGAAAAUACUGAAGAUUUUCUGAAAAAAUUUGAAUCCUCAUGUCCAAUUCAUUUGCUUACAAAAUUGAGGUUGCUAUCUGAUGAAUGUAUAUAUAGUAAGGAAUAUUUUAACAAUGCCCAUUUAAAAAAAAGAGAAUGGAAAAAGUUAUUAUACAAUUUUAUUAAAAAGCAGAAAGGGGUUACAUCAUCCAUUAUUGAUGAAAAUUUAGACAAAUUAGAAAAAUGGUUUUCACACGAUAUGCUAUUUAAUUUUGUUAUUCCACAGAUUAAUUUUACAUAUAUUCCUAUUAAAUUUAAUCAUUUCAGCAAUUCUAAUGUGAAGAAUUAUAAAUGCCUUUUAUCAUAUAGUGUAUCCUGCUCUUUUUUAUUUAAACAGGAAAAAUUUUCCACUAUAAAAAAAAAAAUUGGUAUAUAUUUGCACAAUAUGAAUAUCAAUUCCUUAUUUGUGCUUUUUAAAAAAAAUAAUAAAUGUACUAUGAAUAAUAAAAAAUAUUGUAUUAAUUAUGUAGAAAAAUUACCGAUAAUAAAUUCUUGCUUAUAUAAUGAGCCCAAUAAUAAUAGCAUAACUUUUUAUCAUUACGAUAAAGCAAAUGUAGGAGAUGAUUAUGAAUAUUCUGUCGAACGUAUACAUUCCAAUGAGGAAAGGAUAAUAGCAAAAAAUAUUGCACAUAUGACAAAUGGUAUGACCACAGAAGUAGCAUCACAAAGCAAUGCACAGAAAGAUGGUUGUGAUUAUUAUAUGAAAAAUAGCGUAUCUAGUUAUUAUAAUAAUGAAACGAGAGGUACAACUAAUGGGAAUACGUUUUCUAACAACACAUUGCAAAGAAAAAAUAACGGAAAUCAAGAUAUCAUAGCACAAAAUGAACGAAAUGAUAAUGAAAAUAAUGUCAAAACGUGUGGGAAAGAUGAAAAUGAAGUUUCAAAGGAUUCUCAUGACACAAUAAAGGAACUUAAUAAUAAUAGGUGCCAAAAGGAUUUAAAAAAUUAUAAUAUGUGUAAUAUAUUUGAGAGAUAUCAAUUUCAUAAAAAUUCAUUCGAAAAAGAAGAAAUGGAAAAAAUUAAAAUCGAAAAUCUAAGAAGCCUUGAAAAUGAACAUUUAAAGAAUGAAUGUGAAAAGGUAGAAAGCAAUAACAACAUUGAUGAUGUAGGAAAUAAUCGAAAAGGAUUCUGGAAAUUUAUUCUUGGUAAUCAGAAAAAGGAAUCAACUAAUAAUAUGAAUAAAAAUAUUGUAAAAUCAAUUGAUGACAACAAUUUUGAUCGAAUAAUCAAUAAUCAAAUUGUUUUAAUUCCAAAUACUUUAAUCAUCCUUAUUAAUGAUUAUAGUAAUAAUAUAAGAGAAAUUGACAUAACUGUUUCUAAAUAUAUCAUAAAUGUUAAUAAUUUAUUUCCCCUUAUGAAUUUCAUUCCAACGAACAAUAUAUGCCUAGAACUUUUUCUUAAAUAUGAUAAUUACAUUGAUAAGGAUGUUAUCGAAUGUAUUUGUUUAUGCAUUAGUAAAAGCGUAAUGAAGAAAAAAAUAGUACGAAUUCACAUGGACGAAGUGAAGUCUUAUUUUUUUAAUUCAUUAUAUGUAGAGAAUGAAAUUGUAAAUUUAAGAAAUUUUCUCAAUAAAACCAGAAGAAGGAAAAAAACAAGAGGUUCCCCAUACUGUCAUGAAAAAUUUAUUGAACAUGACCUUCUGGUAGACCCUUUUAAAUCUGUUGGAGAUGAUAACGAAGAAGAAAUGAAAAAAAUUAACAGAAAUAAACAUUUGGAUUUAUCCAUCGAGAAAAAUGAUUAUAUAAUAAAUAAUAACCCUCAAUGCAGUAGUCAGAAUAGUUAUAACCAAAAUGAAGAAGUGAAUAACGAUAGUAUGAGUGAUGACGUGACCUCGAGUACUUGCCAACAUUCGGAUAAGGAGCAUGGACAAAUGGCAAUCUCAUGUAGCCAUGGAAAUAAAAUUUAUAGAAACAAAAGCAUGGAACAUUUUGUAUUAAAUCAAGAAAUGGACAUAACAAAUAUGUACAAUAUUAUAUUUAAUAACUUAUUUGUUGCACAAACAAAUGUAUAUCACACAAAAGUCAACAACACCUUUAGCUAUUUAAGAAAACAAAAUUUCCUAUAUUCUAUUAGAAAUAAAUAUUAUAUGUUUUUGAGACGGUAUAUCCAAUAUAAUAUCAAUAGGAAAAAGGCCCAAAAUGGAAAUUUACUAUCAAUUGGCAUUUUUUGUCAUCUAAAGAAUCUAUUCUUGUUUCAAAACAAGAUAGAUUCGUUGUUAUAUCUCAGCGUACAUGGGGUAGAAGUCGAACAUUUGUUUCAUCCUUCUUUCGUUGAUUUAAGGAGUAUCCAUUCAUAUGAGUUUAAGAAUGAUGUAGAACAGAGUUCUCAGGCUUAUGUGGACUCUCUAUCAUGUAAGAACAGCUAUUAUGCUACUAAUUCAAAGGAAAAUUGCAGCUCCAUUAGUCUAAUUGGAAGUAGUGAAAAGAUCAACAAUGAAAGCAAAAAUCAUUCGAGAAAAAGAAACAGAAUAAUUGAAUAUUCUAAAAAUAAAAAUAUGCUAAUUAGCAUCAAAUCGUUAAAACUUAAAAAAAAUGAAAAUGUAUUAUCCCUUAAAGUGAACAUUUUGAACUGUAGCAUAAAUGAGAUUUUCGUGUCUCUCUUCGGAAUAUGUAAGCAUAUAAUACCGUUAGAACAUAUAGAAUUGUUAAAGGCAAGAAUAAAUAAAUUAAAAAGAAUAAAACAACAUCUUAUAGCAAACAAUAAAAAUACCAUGCAUUUGAAAAAUAUCAAUGUAACAAAUGAUUUAUUAUACAAAACGUUAAACAAAUAUAAUCUAAGCAACCCUGUAAGAGAUAAAGAUACAAAUAAUGAUAGUAAUGUGGAGAAUAAUGAAAAUGAAUUGACUGUUAAUAGAAAUUAUGAGAAAUAUAUAAAAAAAUUAGUUAUCAAAAUUUUAGAUCAUGAGAAAAUAUUAUAUAGUAAGGAAGAUUUUGAAAAAAUAUUUUAUAUGAUAUUGAGAAAAAAGGUAACACGUCCAAAUAAUGGUAAUAAUAAUCAAUGUGAUAAAAAAGAACUUCUACAUAAUUUGAGCAUGGAUGAUAAAAAAGGGAAGAUUAUUCAUCAUAAUUCAGAUAUGUUAUAUUCUUUUAGUAGUAAUAACGACAUUGUAGAAAAUUAUUACACACCUGAAAAGGAGGAAUAUGACAACCCAAUUAGGAAUUCUAAAUGCAUGGAAAAGGAAUACUAUACCUGUAAGGAUGAUACUAUGUUAAGUAAGAAAGAUUACAAUGAAAAUUGCAGUUCUCAUAACAAUUCAGAUAACUUCAAUAUAAUCAUAGGAAGAAAUUCUUAUUCUACAGCUAACGAAAUAGGUGAUGAUGAUAAAUACAAGAUUGGCAGAUUGAAUGAAGGAAAUAGAAUCCAGGAAAAAUUUAUCGUGCAAGAACAAAAUGUAAGUUCAAAGGAUAUCCAUCUUGAUAAGCCCUCAAUUAAAUACCUAAACGAACAUUGCAAAUAUAUGAACUUGAGAAAUCUUUUCAAUUAUAAUGAUUUAAUGAUUGAUACGAUGAAAAUAAAUGAAAACGAUGUUUUUAUUCAUAGUAGUAUUUCUAAUGAUGGUGUAACCGAAAUGGAUUCUUCAAAAAAUAAUAAAAUGCAAGAGAAAGAUAAGUCUCCAAAAAGAUCACGUUUAUUUUUUUUAUUAAUAAACCAAAUAAAUAUAGCUAUUACAAAUAAGAAUGAAGGUUUAUUCAAAAUAGUGUGUAAUGAAUUUAUGGGUGAGUUGACUAAUAUGACUACUGUUGUUAAUAUUUCCAUAAAAACUAACACAUUAUACUUUUUUUAUGUGAUGACUGUUUUGAGUAGACAUAAAGGUAUGAAUGUUACAAAGAAAUGUAGCAAAAGAUAUCCCAUUACAUUUAAAAAUGAAAAUUCAGUUGAUUCGAUGGAGAAUAAUAAUUGUAAAAAAUAUGUUAUUUUAACAGAUUCGAUAAGCAAUAUGAUAAGUGUUUCCAAAUCAAACAUGAAAAAGAAAAAAAAAGUUUGUAAUUUCUUUAAUGAUUAUAUAUGUAUUUUAAAAAGAAAAAAAUUCAAACUGUUUAUAGAUUAUGACAAGAAAAAGAGGAUAAAUUCCCAACCGCAGAUCCAUUUAGAUUUAUAUAUAAACAAGGAGACCAAUAAAAAAAUUGUAAAAUUAUCUCUUACAAAUUUUAAUUUUUUUUAUAGUUCUACCCUAUUUGUCUUAUUAAACAAUGUAAUUAUAAAUUUUUUUUUGACAUAUAUUCAAGAGAAGGAAAAGGUAAGAAUUCUCCUUUGUAGAUUUGAUUCUAUCGUAAGAAAUAGAGGUUCAGCCUAUGUAACACUCGCUACUGUAAAACCUUUUUCCAGCUUGCGUAGUAAAGUAAACGAUAUAAAUAAUAUCUCUGCUAAGUGCACAAAGAAGAAAGACAAAAUUGUUGUUAAUUCACUUGAGAAAUGGGUAAGCAGCCAUGAAGUUGUAGACACUUUAUGCACAUCUAAUAAUGAGAGUUUUUUGGAUGAAACAUACGCAGACAAUCAUAUGAAUUGUGGAACAUGUGAAUACAAAAUUACGGGGAAUGGUCUUCCGAAUGCUGAUGAUGCCAAUUUAACGAAUAAGACCUUCUAUUACGAAUUUUCAGAAAAUGAAAAAAAUGUACAAAAGAAUAUACUACAUCAAAAUGGAAUUUCCCAAAACACUUCAUUUUCUGGUGUUACAGCGGCCAAGAUGAAGGAAAAUAUUUCCAAUAGUUUGUGGAAUGGAUUAUAUUAUGGGGAAAAAAUGUCCUCUCUAAGUAGGAGAAAAAAUAUCUUAGAUGAUAAAAAUGAAAUAUGCGAAGAAAAAAAAAAAUUUAUUGAUACCAGGAGCAGUGGGCAUGGACUUAUGCUGAAUGUGAACUCUAACGAUAACUUAAAUUCUGCUAUUAAAAUUGAUUCGCAAAAAGAUAAAAAAAAAAGUCUCAACUUUUUAAAUGAACACAAGAAAAAGGAUGUGAUUUGUAAAGAUAUUUCCUUUGCAAGUUUCAAUUAUACAGAAAGUGAAGAAUGUAAAGAAAUGGAUGAAAAAAAGAUGAUAAAAAAUGAUGAUAACAAUAUGGAUGCUCAUAUUACUAGCGUACAGGAUGAGGGUGCAUCAAAUAAUACCUGUUCUUAUAACUUGUCGAAAAGUUAUCACACUCCUUUGAGUGCGAAUAAUUUGGAUAAAUACGAGAAUUUUCAUAUAGAAUCAAACAGAGAGAAAAAUUCAAUGAAUCAUAAAACUGUCAAUGUAUAUAAUAAUGUAAUUAAUACGAACGUAUUGAGAACGAUUGUACCCACUGGUUCUGGUUCCAAAUGUACUGAAAACCGAAAAGAUGAGAAUAAAACUACUGAUAAAAUUCGUGGUAAAAACGAAAAAAUAUGUAAACACAUUUUGCAUCAUAAGAAGGAAUUAUCUAUAUCAAAGGCUAAAGAAAUUCGGAAAGAGGAUAUUAGAAAGAUAGAAGAAUCCCACGAAAGUGAAGAGAUUAGCCUUUUUGUUUGCUCUCAAAAUGUGAAUAUAUGCUAUCUUGUCAAUUACCAUCGAUUUAAGUAUAUGUACAAAGAGAACAAUAAAGUGGAUGCAUACAUGAAUGAUUAUAUGAACUUUAUAGAUAGUUGCUCGAACUAUUGUAAAUAUAAAAAUAAACAAGGAGAAAAUUAUGAUCAUGUUGGAAUUAUGAAUAAAGAUUUAUAUAAUUUGAAUUUAAAUUUUUUAUUUAAACUUGAGUAUGCAUGUUCGAAAAAUAAAAAAAAGACCAUUAAUGCAUUCUUCCCAUUCCUCUAUAUUAUACUAAUGAAGAAUUGUAAUUAUAUUAUUUCACAUUUGACUAUCGUGGAUGUUAAAUUUAGUGCACUUUUUUGGUGUAAAAGGGAAAAAUGCAUGAAAAAAAAAAAAAAAAAAAAAAUUAAUGUACAGAAAAAAAAUAACUCACGAAAUUGUGAAAAUGCAACGUUGAAUUAUUUUCCUGAAGAACGAAUGGUCUUUCCAGAUCGCCACUUAUGCACUCUUGACAACUGUAAUGUGGACGUGGACAAAUACACAAGGGAGGCGUUUACAUACACUAAAUCUAAUAAUUUAAAGAAAAUUACAAGUCAACCUAUGAAAAACUGUAAUAUAGUAAACAGAUAUGAUAAUUUUCACAAUGAUGAACCAUGCUGCACGUAUCCUAACAGUGAAAAGUCACAUACUGACAUGUGUGUAAUACUACAGAAUAAGAAUAAUAAUAUAUCCAUUAACAAUAUGAUAUCUCAUAGUAUAAACAAAAGAUAUGUAAAAAAUUCCGACGUGUGCUGUGAUCAUAUUAUUAAAAAAGGGUCCUUAAGGAGUGAGAAUAAUUCAAAAACUGAAAGGAAUAACGAUAGUAUUUGCAAUGAUAACAAAUUACACAGUGACGGAGAAAGAAAUCAUAGUUCAUACAUUCAUGGGGAAGAUGUGAAAAUGGGUUCUAGAGCUAUCGAAGGGGGAGUAAGGAAGCAGAAAUCUUAUAUGAAGUUUUUACUUAAUAACAAAAAGAAUGACAUAGCUGAAAGUGGAAGCAUUGAUGAGAGAAGAAAUGAAUCUACAGUCUCCUAUGGUACGAAUAAUGCGAGAAUUGUCAAUAGUGCUCAUAAUGUGAAUAAACCAAAUAACAUUUUUCAAAGAAAAAACAUACUUGGACGCAUAAAUUCCGUUAUUAAUUUUAUGGGGAAAGGUAGAAGCAACUCGAAACCUAUACUAAAGAGGGAAAAACAAAGCAGAAGGUCCCUAAGUCUUUUCAGCAUCAAAUCAUUAGCAUUUAUGAACAAAAAGAAUACACAAUGGUAUAGCAAUACCUUGGAUUCUCUACAUAUAAAUGGUGAUAAUAAGAACACAUCUUAUGUUUUGGAUAAUAAAAAAGGUAAGUUGAAUUUACAAACACUUGGAUUCCUUGCCAACCAGAAUGGGAAAAAUGGGAAUGAUUCUGUAAAUAUUUAUCAUAGUAAUAAUGAUAAUAUUGUGAAAAUUUUGAGAGAGUAUAGUUCUUACUAUUCAGGGGAUGAACAAUUCAAUGAAAAUCGUCCAAUCAGAAAUAAUGAAAUGAUACUGAAAAAGUGUAAAAAUAAAGCUUCAUUUGGUAGUAACUACAUAAAUAUUGGAAAAGCGGAAUUCAAGGAAAGAAGUAAAGAAAAAAAAAAAAAAAAAAAAAAAAAAAAAAAAAAAAAAAAAUAUUAUUCUCAUUCUGAUGAGGUUACAAAAAAUUUGCCAUUGUGGGAAUUAUCUGGGUGCUCCAUGUCUGUGUUUAGCAUAAAUUUAUUUAGUUGCAUAUAUUUGAGAAAAUUUAAAAGAGGACGAGAAUUUUAUUUACAACCACUCAUAUAUAAUUAUAAAAACUCAAAUUGUUUAAGUCCUUUACAUGUGAAUAAUAAGGAAAAGGAGUAUUCUAGUUCCUUAUUUAUGCAAAACAAUUUCGAAAUGUAUUCCACAAUGAAUAAUAGUAAUUGUAAUAAAAUUACAAAAAAUAAUUACAUUAUAGAAAAUGAAAUAAAAUUUUUAGAAUACAUCAACCAAUUAUAUAACCUAGAAUGGUUUAAUAAAUUUAAUGUUCAUCAUCUAUAUAAUAUAAAUAAAAUUCACUCAAGUGUUUCUAAAUUUAUGAAUUUGAAUAGUAAAUGUACACUUGACAGUAGCCAUGGUACUAUUGUGUGUUGUUACAUACCUAUCUUUUAUAAAAAUAUUUCCGAGUCUUAUAGAAAUAUAUACAAGUUUUUAUUGUUAACCAGAUAUUACGAAAGUCUUCAAUAUUUACCCAAGAUUUGUAAGAAGAGAAGACAAACAAAAAAUAUGUUUGAAGUAGAGAAAAGGAAUAGAAUCAGAACCAAGAAAGGAGAUCAUGAUGGAACUAACUCCAGAAUGACCCAAUCCAUCGAACACAGGAACAAACAUUUUAUUGAAAAAAAUGCAGGUGGUAUGUCGACUUAUGAGAAAGAUGCAAGAACGCGUGCAUCUAGGAAAGAAAAAAUGUGUAAUGAUAUUAUACCUAUGCAUAAAGGAAAAAGAUCUAAAAAAAGAAAAAACUAUUUGCUCAAUGAAAGCAAAAGGAAGAAUCAUGCACUAAGGGAUAAUAGCACAAACUUCAAAAAUUAUCAAAGCAUAUAUUUUGAUGAAAAUUUUAGUAAAAUGAAUAAAAACCUGGAAAAUAUCAAUUGCUCAAAUUUAUCAAAUAAUAAUGUAAAAGCAUUCUAUCACGAUGAUGCAAAUGAUUUGUUUCAUGAUGAUACUCAGAAAACAAUCCCUCCAGAAAAAUACCCCAUACCAUAUGAAAAUCAUUAUAUCAGCUUUAACAAUUAUUUAAUAUAUAAAAGAGAUUUUUUAAAAUACAGUUCCUGGAAGGAAAACCAUCUUUUCAUAUCCCUAAAGGAUGUAGAAUGUCAUAACCAUGUGAGGAAAAAUGGGGCCAAAAUUAAGAACAAAGGAGUGAAAAAAAAUAGGAAGCUAAAAAAAUGUUUCAAUUUUUAUAUUCACAUGCAUGCGUCUAGCAUUAACGUGGAUCCAUAUUUCUUAUCUGUGUACAAUUUUUACUUAGUGAAUAAUUUAAACAAGAACUUAAUCGCGUACGAUAUAAAAGAAACAAAAGAUUAUUUUAUCCAUAAAUAUAAUCAAAUGAAGCAUUACUAUAACCAGACACUUGGAUCGAGUGAACUAAAUGGUAACGUUGAAACUGAUUCGACAUUGAGCUGUUCUAAGGGUGAAGAAGAAGAAAGAAGUAUAAAAAAAAAAAAACAGGGUAGAAAAAAUAAAGAGAAAAAUACUAAAAAUAACAAUUUCACAAGAGAUAUCCUUAAGUAUGUGGAUCAAAGGAAAAGGAAUGAGGAAAAGAAUAUACAGAAACAAUUACUUUCCCUUAAUCUACCGAAAAAAUUAAAAUUAUAUAAUCUUAUAAAUUCUCUUAGCACGGCUACAUCAAAAAUUAAAGCCAAACUAAAAAAUAACAAAGUUUUAAUUAAUCUAGAUAUUAGAAAUAUAGAUGUAAAUGUACUUGAUUGUUCAUAUAUUCACGAUAGUAACUAUUUACUAAUAGAUCACGUACACCCUUUUUAUAAUAAGCGCUAUAUGUAUAUGUCAAAAGAAGAAUACGAAAGAAUCAAAAGGAAAAGUGGAAAUCACUCAAACGAUUUUUCACAUUUUGAAUCUGUUGAAAAUAAACAUUUUUCAAGCACUAUAAACAAACUAGUUUUCAAAAGGUUUACAAAUUAUUAUUAUGAUAACUCGUUCUACAUAAUUUCUAUUAAUGCAAAUAAGGUGAAGAGAAUAUCAACACAAUUAUAUUCUACUAUUAUAAUGAACAAUGUUAUUCGACAUGAAAAUGUCAAUGAUGUGCUAACCAUCAUUGUUUAUAAUUAUAGUAUGAAAUUCUCUAAUUUAAAACUGAAAAAAAUGAGAAACAUAACAAUGGAUGGAAAAAAUGAUAUACAAAAGGGUUUUGAUGAAAUAUGCCGAGAAAAGAAACAAGACGAAUCAAAAAAAAUAAAAGAGGAUAAAGAAUAUAGAAAAGGUGAAAAGAAAAAAAGGAACAAUGUAAAUUAUUUUAAUAAUAUACAAAAAGAAAUUUCAGGCAAUUAUAAUGGCAAGGUAAAUGUGAAAAAUUCUGUAAACAAUUAUAGUAUGCUUAAAAACACGAAAAAUUUAAUUUAUGAUGAUAUGAUAAGAAGCAAUAAUAAUAAAAAAAUCUUUACACAGUAUAUGAAUGACCACAUAGAUAAAGAGUUAAUGUCUAUAAAUACAAAUUCAUCUUCUUCAUUAUGGUCUUUCUCUGAACAAACUUCUUUUUCCGUAUCUGAAACAGCAUCUACCACAAGUUCUCACCCAUCCGUAUCGAUUAACUCUCUCUUAUCAUAUAACUCCAAAAUUGAAAAUGAAAAUUUAAAAGUUCUUUCAGAAGCACAAAUAAGAAGAAGACACAGAUCGACUUGUGAACCGUUCAACCUAGUUAACAGAAUCAAAUUAAAAGAUAUGCAUUUUGAAAGAAUUAAAAGACAUAAAAGAGAUACUACCUAUUUUUCUGAUACUAUAUACACGAAACAAUCCACAUCGUUAAGGCAGUCAUUUAUGUCUAAUAAUGAAAAUGAAGAAAGCAUGAAUAUUCACAAUUUUAAAACAAGAAGUAGACGUUAUGAGAAGAACCAUGUUGAGUAUGAAGAGGGAAUAAAAAAAAAAAAAAUGAAAACUCGAUUUUAUAAUCAUGUUAAGAAGAUAUAUAAUAAUAUGGCUUCAAAAAAUAAGAAAAUAAAAUUAGUUAUAAAUAGCAUUGUUGAAAAUAACAAGUGGUCAGUUCAUGUGGAAAAUCUGGUACUUUACUUACCCCAUUAUAGUAUGGGAUUUAAAUUUUCUGUAUACUUAAAUAAGUUCAUAAUAUAUGAUUACAAUAAAAUAAAUAUAUGUAAUAAUAUUUCUCAAUUUCGAUUAUUCCUAAAGAACAAUGCUCAUAGAAAAUAUUUGCAAUUGUGCAAUAAAAUAAUUUGUACAUUUAAUUAUUUACAUAAAAAUAAGGCAUUAUUGAAAGGAAAUAUAAGGAGAAAAAUUGUUUUAGAAAACUUAAAGGACGAAAUAUAUAAUAAUCAAUUUUAUAUGAUAGCAAAUGAAAAUGUGAAAAAUAUUGAUUUCGUUGUAGAUAUUAAGAACACUAGAUUUAUCCUACAUAACAAAACAAUUAUGGAUUUAAUAAACUAUUUCACAGAAUUGUCAAAUAGUAUUUAUUCAUUUGUUUAUGUAUAUUCUAUAUAUCCAGAAAUAUCCUUUGAUAAAUUUUAUUAUUUCAGCUCCUGCAUAAAUGUAGAUAAUUUCCAAAAGGGUCUAUUACUAUAUAACAAUCUUUUGAAUAACUAUAUUGCUAUGAGUAAAAAUGGCAAGGUACCAAAUGAUUCACGAAAGGGAAUCUCUUCACAUAGUGAUAAUAAGAACAUUAAUUCAUCUUCCAUAAGUGAAUAUAACACGAGGGAUACAGAAAAUCAUCUAUUUGAUCAGUACGAUAAUUCUGAAAAUAGGGAUCGGAGUGAGAGUAAUAGUAUAAAUAUCCUUCAUGGUUCAGAAAAGGGGCUGAAUAAUCAUUAUGGAAUCAAGGGAGAAAAUGAAAGCGUAAAAAAAGGAAGAAACGUAUACCAAAGGAAAUAUGAUAAAAAUGUUAACUGCUCAGAUUAUGAAAGCAAAUUUAUAGAUGAAAGUGAACAUGCGUCUGACAUAAGUACAAUAAAUAUUCUUAUGGAUAAAAUAUAUACUCAUAAAAACAAAUUAAUCUAUAAAUACUUAAUUAUGAACAAAUUCGAAUAUCAAACAACAUUUCAUAAUUCAUUGAAAGAAUUAAAUGAUAAAAAUUACUACUUUUUAGCAUUCAUAAAUAACAACUUGAUUUUCUUCUUAUAUUUCUACACCAAAUAUAAGAGUAUUUUAAAUUACACAUCCAGAGAAGAUGUAUUCAGGCUGAGACAGAACUAUGAAUAUUCAAUUAAAAAGAUGAAACAUAGCUCUUUAGUAAAUGCUAAAAAGAUAUAUGAAAACUUAAGGUCGAAGAAAAAAUUUAUAAAUGUAAAGAAUCCAAAUGGUAGUAAAAUUCAUACACAUAAGGAACAGCUGAAAGUUUCUACCUCCAAAAUAAUGGAAAAAAAAAAGAAAAAGAGGAAAAUUAAAAAAUAUAUCAAAUAUAAUAAUGAAGGUGUGCAUAAUGAAGGUGCGCAUAAUAAAAAUAAAAAAAUGUACUCUUCAUUUGAAGCAUGUACAAGUUCUCUCAAAAAUAGAAAAAAAUAUGCAGAUUCUCAUUUUGAUAUAGAAAUGAAAGGGAAAAUGGAACUAUCUGAAAUAAAACAUAUUAAGAAGGAAGCACAACAUAUCCAAGAAAACACAAAUAGUGAUUAUAUAACAAAUGAGUAUGAAGGGAUGAUUCCAUAUUACAGUUUUGAUAUCAUGAAAAAUGAGAAGACUCUGGAAAAAUCUGGAUCAGUCAUAUAUGACAAGUUGAACAAUGAUAAGGCAGAGGAAUACAAGAAGAAAAAGGAUAAUAACAACACACACGUGGGAAAAGGCUUUUCUAGAAAAUUAAAAACUACCAUUCGAAAUUUCUUUACUAGAAGAAUAUCAUCUCAUCUGUUAGGAAAUAAAAACAUAGACAGAGGUAACAAGAGAGGUAGUUUCUCAAACUCUUCUAAUGGGUUAUUUUCAACUGAUUAUAAUAAUUCCUUACAUAAGAAGGACGACAAAUCUGAUAUUAGCUCACCAAGUGAUGAUGUAAUUGCGUUUAAUAAUUUAAGUAAUUUGUACAAAAAAUGCAUUUCUUUUAAGAUGAAAAUAAAUAAAUUCGAAUCGUGGGUUAUUCAAGACGAUUUGAUGAAUUCCAAUAGUGCGAAAAAUCGAAAUGUAGAAAUGAGUUCAUUGUUAAAAAAAAAAGGAAAUAAAAACAUGUUUUUUCAUUCUCCCUCUUCGGAUAAUCAUAAAUUGUCGAAAAUAAAAAAGAAAACGAGAAAUAGAAGACGCACAAGCAUAAACAUGAUUAGCGAAUCGAACAGCAAUAUGGAUGAUUAUUUAUGUGAUGGAGUGAAUGAUGAUAAAGAAAUAAGUAUAAAAUCUUAUAGUUCUACAAGUUCGAGUAGCAAUUUAAACAUAUUGCAUAUUUUAGAAAACUCCAAGAAUUAUUUUAACACAUAUAUGAAUAAAAAAAUUAACAAGCAGAUCUUUUAUCUAGCCAGAAGGAGAAUAUCCAAAAACGACUAUGAUGAUUUCAGUGUAAAUUCCAGAUCUAUAAUUAGAAAGAAAAAAAAUAAUUUAAUAUGCAAUGAGCUGAAAAAAAAUGAGGUUAAACUAGGGACUCAAGAUUCUGUCGAUCCUAUCGAUUCAUUUAUUUGGGAUGAUCUAUCUUCUUUUAGCGAUUAUACAUAUCGUAAUGAAAAGGUACUGUCGCGCUUUCUAGGUAAUUCCAGUAGUAAUAUGAAUAUAUAUGCUGACAGAUAUGUAGGAGAAAACAACCUUUUUAAAGCUUUAGCCAAAGAGAAAAGGAAAAAAAUUAAUGAGUAUCACAAAUGGAAGAAGAAAAGGCAGAAAAGGAAAAAUAUAAGAGACAAUAAUAGAAACAUAUGUUUGUCUAUCAUAUUUAGCAUUGACACUUAUUAUAAGGAGCAGGAAAUAGUAGAUUCCUCUAAAUUUAAAAUAGAAAUUAAGAAUUUGAACAUCAUGUUGGGGAAAUGCUUUAAUUUUAAUGACAUACAUGACCAUCUCAAGUUGUAUAGGAGCAAUAAUAGUUUCAGGACAUCUGUGUAUACUUCUGCAAUUAUAGAUUUAAAUAAUGAAGAUGAUACUAGUCAAAGGGAGAGAAAUUACGAAUACAGGAAAAAUUCACCCAAUCGAAAUAAUGAAGUUGUCAAUUUAGAAAUGGAAUAUGCCUUUUAUGACAACACCAACUUUUAUAAUAUCUACUAUAGCGAGAUGAAGAAUAUAAAUAAGGUUAGGAAGAUGAUUAAAUAUAGAAGUGUGAGGAAAAAUUUAGGGGAUCAGGAGUUAGUUCAAUAUGGAAAAACUAGAAACUAUUCAGAAAUUGCAAAUCACGAGAAUCUGUCGAGUAAUGACCUGAACAUGGAUGUAGAAAAUACAGAAUAUAACAAGGCAAUAAAAAGCAUAACGUUUAGUUCCACGCAUGAAGAGGAAAUCAAAGAUCGCUUUAAAAAACACAAAAAUGAUAAAAAUGACAGAAGCGAUAAAAUCGAUAAAAAUGACAAAACGUUUAACAACAAUAAUGAUGAAUCAUUGGGGAUGGAUAGGGAUCUAUUUUUACUGAAGCAUAAGCACAAAUUGGUAUAUAAAGACAAAUUUAACAUAUUUUUGAACGAGAACAAUAAUAUAUUUAUGCCAAAUAUUAAGGAUGAAAAUGAUUGGUUAUUAAGCAUCAAUAGUGUUUAUUUGCAUGUAAAUUCAUUAAGUGCUAAAAGAACUUUUAACAUAAGCGUUCACGAACUCCUCAUUAAUUUAACCAUAGAUAAUAUAAAAGAAUUGUACAAAUUUUACAGAAAUUUUAGUUACAAUAUUUACUAUGCUUAUUUUUAUAAAAAUUAUCUUUCGUUUGUUAGAAACAUAUAUGUUUUACCAUUUUUGCAUAAGGACAAAGCAUGCAUUGAAAAGUCUAAUGAAAAACUGAAGAUAAAUGGAGUGUACCUAAAUUGUAUGAAUAAACUGAAAAUUUUAAAUAAAAAUAUUUUUCAUAACAAAGGAAAAAUGGUUAAUAGGAAGAACUCAACGGAUAGAAAACUAGAGGAAAAAGAAAGAAUUAAAGAAACGUGCAAUAAUUUGCACGCCUCGAAUUUAUCUAAUAGUCGAAAUAGUCAGAUUGAUACUAAUGAAAUGUAUCAUAUUGUUGAAAGGAGAGAUAAGAACCCGUGCAAUGAUAGAAUAUGUGAAGACAUAUUGGAUGAUAUACCUAUUAAUAAUGACCAAAGAAUUAUUGAAUUAACUAAAAAAAGAGGAAUAGUAAUAAAUGACCAUCAAACAUGCAGAAAUAAAUAUAUCAACAUGAAUGAUACAAAUGAAGUAAUCCAUGAUAUGCAUGAGGAAGUAGAUAGCAAAUAUACCCCACAAAAUAGCGAACAAGGAGAUGUAUACAAUCUGAUUAAGGAAAAAACUAUAUUAAUUCAAAAUAUGGAAGAAGAUGAAAUUUAUAAAAGUAAUAAUAUUACAACCGUGUAUAAUGUUCGUAAAUAUUUCUUAAUUAAAAAUUUUAAUAUAUAUAAAAAUAUGGUCCAUUUUUAUGGAAAAAUGCAGACAUUUAUCGGUUUAGAUAAUAAAAAUACCAUAUAUUCUGAAAUUAUUCAUGCAUUGAAAGAAACAUAUAUAAUGGUAGAAUUGUACAGAGAAAAUCUAUACUACUUGUAUAGUCAACUAUUUUCAAUUAUUAGAAAUAUUAAUGAUGAGAAAAAUAUAAUAUGUCAUGAUCUUGUGUUUGUAAGAUUGUUAAACUGUUUGUAUGCAUAUAAUAAUAAAUACGUUGCUAAUUUGUUUUAUUAUUUAUUUGUUUUUUCGAAAUAUAAUAAAUUUUCCUAUUAUUUAUGUAACAUUCAUAAAUAUUUUGAUUACAAAUAUUUUACCUAUUUUACAAAUAAGAUUACUAAUAUUAUCACAUGUCAUGUUAGAGGAAUGUUGAAUAAGGAGUUCACAAGUUCGUUUAGUCACAACUACUUUGAUGAUUCUUACUCUUUAAAAAAGUCAAGUCAUGAAAAGGACCUACCCAUGUUACACAGCAAAGACAGUGGAUCCAUCAUAAAUGAAAAUUUUGCUCUUCAGAAAGAAUUAGACGAAAAUAUUAAAAAGGAGGAACUUAUUAAGGAGAAUGAAGUUAUGAAAAAAAAUUUAUCAUGCUUGAUUAUUUCGGCUCUACUUUAUCUAUACCGACCGUUCAUGUACAAAAAAAAAAAAAAUGUACAAAUGACAAAUAAAAUGAAUGAAAAUUUUAAAAAAGUGUUAAAACGGGAGGAAUAUCCAUCAUAUCUUUCUGGAGAAGAUAACUUCUUACUACGACACGAUAGCAAUAUUACACAAAUGGACAACAAUGAUGCUUUUUUCGAAAUUAAUAGAGAAAGAAAAAUGGAUGAUAUAAACAUUCAUAAUGAAAAUAGUGGAGAAAUAAGCACCAAUCUGAGUAACACAUACAAAUUUGACAACCCUAUGGAAGAUACUAUGUUGUCAGAGUUAGAUUCAAUAAAUUCGGAUAAUGGUAAUGGGACAGAAAUCAUGAAAAACAAGUCCUAUAUGUUUCAUAAAAAAGGAAUAAAAAUAAAAAUAAAAAUUCGAGUAAAUAAUAUAUGUCUGAAAAUUCAUCAAUUGAACAAAGAAAAUAUAUUAACAUUAGAUUUGUAUGAUUUGAAUUAUUAUCUGCUGACAUGCCUUUAUCGGUAUCAUUUUUUUUUCCACAAUACAAAUGAUCAUCUUAGUUUUUAUCUCAACGACAAGGUAGAAAAAAUUAAAUUUGAGGAUAUAUAUGCAAUAAAAGAAAAGAAUAAAAUGAAAAAAAAUGUUAGCAAUAACUUGUAUAUGGAUAAUGCGUGGUACGAAUUAUCAACAGGAGAAUCGGCUAUGCAGGAUUACAUGUAUGUCACAAAGUGGGGAAAUAAAAAUAAGAAAAAUAGGAAGAAUUGUAUUAAAAUGAAUUUUACUUUUAAAAUAGGACUAAAAACUUAUGACAAUAUGUACAAUAUACAAGAUAACAUAAUAAAUUCUAUAACAUUCAAUUUUAUAAUAAACGAAAAGUUUAAAUAUUUUCCCACAUUACAUAUUAAUUUUUAUGCAACAAGUAUAAAUUUAAACAUCACGACCUCAUUUCUAUAUUUGUAUAAAUAUUUAUAUGCAAAUUUAAAUUUCAAAAAAGAUUUUAACGAUGUUAAAAAUUCCAAUAUUGAAAUAUAUAACGAUCUUCAUUCAGAAAUUAUAAUAUUUUAUAAGACAAGAACGAAAAAUAACAAUUAUAGAUGGAAGUUAAUUAUUAUAAACAAAAAUGAAUAUUACCAAUUUCCAUGUGAAUGCCUCUAUUUUUGCAUCAACAAAAAAAAUGAAAAAAUAAAAAAUAAUUCUGAAUAUCACGAAAUGAAUAUGAAUUCGGAAGAUUUCACAAUUACCAAUGAACAUGACCUAAAUAAUGUUUUUAGGGAUAUAUGCAAAAUUGGAUUUAAAAAAAGAAAUUUGCACAAUUCUAUCUCAAAGCAUGAGAACCAUUUGCUCUAUGAUAAUACACAAAGUGUGUACGAUAUUUUGUAUCAGUUUACAUAUCGGAUGCCAUUUCUCUAUAAAAACUAUGACAAUCAUAAUAAAAUAAUAAACAUAAUAAAGAAUAAACCUUCUUGGAUAUAUAUCGGAGUUCUGUAUACGGAUGAUCUGUACUCUAGGGCAUACAAAAUUCCAAAUGUGAAGCAUAAUUUGCUGGUCGAACCAGAGAUAAUACGAAAUAAAUGGUGUCUAUCCAUAGGGACAUGCAUACAAAUAGAAAACAACUCUGGACUUUAUUUUCGAAUUUAUAAAGAAGGUAAAACAAAAUAUUUUUCGAGAGUGAACUUCAAAUGGAAGUUAAAGAAGAACAAAAAAUGCAGUGGUAGAUAUUCCACGUGGGAUGCAACUGAUGGAGAAACAGGAAACCAAAAGCAAAAUAGAAAAUAUAGAGAGAAUUUAAAGCGUUAUUCUCAUCAUAAUAAUAAAAACUUUAUAUCUUAUAUAGAAAAGAACAGGAAAAGGAAUAGAGAAAGAAAUGGAGGUUACAUAAAUAUACUUCCAUUCAGUAAGAGAGCCAUUCCAUUAUUUUGGCUUUAUGAUUGUAGCUUGCCUUACAUAAAAAUUCUUAGAAAAAAAGAAAAAAAAUAUAAUAUGAAAAAUUUAAGAAAAAGCAAUAAUGAAGAAGAUUUAGAUAUUGAAGCUGUUCCAUUUCAUAUAUUGUACAAGCUUUUAAACAAAUAUUCAUUAAGUAACAAUAAUAUAUACCAGAAAAAGUUGGAUAUAUCUCCGUGUGAAAUAACGUUUAAAGGCUUGCUUAUGUUUCACUGUUUUGUCAAAGUAAAGGAUGUACCAACACAGCAUAUAAAAGAUACAUCAUACAACUACACAGUUGUUAUUGAGCCCAUGGUUACCAUAAAGAAUAAUUUACCCAACCCAAUUACUGUGAUUGUGAGAUUGAAAAAGGAAAAAAGAUUAUUUAGUAUUUCUAACAAAAAAUAUGAAAAUAAGGAAAAUGAAAAAGUGAUUUAUAGGAAAAAUUAUCAAAUAAAUGAUGAUAUUACCAAAAUUUUGAAAAAACAAGAAAUUUUUGCUCUUGUUCCACCGCAUCAUUAUUGGUGUUUACCGAUCUGCACUCAGGCAUUUUAUAUGAAAGUAUUUUAUCAUGGAUUUCAAAUAGAAAAAAUGAAUUUCAUAUAUGACUAUGCCAAUGAGAUUAAGGGUUACUAUGAUUUUAAGGAUGUCAAACUCCCUGAAUUGAAUGAGUCCUUUUAUGGCAGCAACAUUAACAGUGCGAUGAAUAAGGGAGAAGGUGGUAUCGCCAGGGAUAGCAAUAAAAAAGGGAAUAGUAGCAAUGAUAGCACCCAUAAUAAUGGCAAUAAUAGAAGCAAUAUCAACAAAGAUAUCAACAACACUAUGAGCAACAAUAACAACGAAAACAGUAGCAAGAACUAUGACAACCCUUCAUACAUCAAGGAGGAAUAUAGAAUGAACGUAAACUACUGGCAGAACAGAAAUAGAGCUUCAUCAAACGCUUCGAGAAAUAGACAAUUGAUAUACGACGAGAUAAUAAAAGAGUUUCAAAAUAAUAAGAGAAAUGGAGACAAUACGAGUUAUAAUGAUCCGAAUUCAUAUAGAAAAACUGUGUGCGAUAUUUUGUCAAAGAGCAAUUUAAACAAUAUGGAUAUUUUCCUUCUGAAUGAAGAAAAUAAUCAUGAAGGAAGAAGUGCUUACAAAUACAAUUUCUUAUAUGCAACUGAAGGAUUUUUUCCCAUAUAUAUGCCAACAACUGACACGAUUACUUCAACGAAAGUGUUAAAUCAUAAAUGUGGUUUAAUUGGUAAUAUAUUUUCAUAUGAUGAAUUAAAAUUUAUAUAUUUUGAAAAUAAAGUGAGUCAAAUGAAUAAGAAAGUUUAUGAUAAUUUACACAUUUUUAAAAAUAUCACUAUCUCUGCUGAUGUAUCUAGGAGAAAGAUUGAUUUUUAUUUUCCCUUUUUUUUCGAGAACACAACAAAUGUGUGUAUAUAUGUGAAUAAUAAAUUGUUACCACCUAAUAGUCGAUUAUAUAUGACUGAGGAGGAAGCCAAAAGUGUAAGGAUCAAAUCUUAUAAACAUGAUUAUUUUAAUAAUUUAACAUUAUGUAGUAAUGUUAGUAGCAAAAUAGAUUGUACGAAAACUAAUAUGAUACGCCCAUUAAUCAAUUUAGUAUACAGAAAAAUAAAUAGAAAACAAAAAGUACGUUUUUGGGAAAAAUAUGAAGAAAAAAAAAAAAAAAAUGACAAUAUAACAAAUACACCAUGUUUAGAAGACGAAGAAGAACACACUAACAUUGAUGAAAUCGAAAAGGCAAGAACAUCAAAUAGCUUCAAAUUAAAUAUAUUAAAAGAUGCAAAUGAUGAUAUGAAGAGGAAGCAGGAUAAUUUAAUUAAUAUUUAUAAGGACUUAAUGCACAAAAAGGACGCGAAUACUACCCUUGACGCAGAUUCUAAAAAUUGUCUUACUUAUGAUGAAAAUAUUGAAGAAAAAAAAAAAGAAUUAUGCAAAAGUAUCCCAAAUGAACUUAUAGAAAAGACUGCAGAUGUUAAACGCACAGACCAUUUAACGGACAAUUACUACAUUCCCACUAAUAAGAACGAUUUAGAUUAUUCUAAUUCAAAGGUGUCUGACUUGUCUGUUAAUGCGCAUGUGAAAAAGGAGUAUAAUACGAAAAUGAAGAAAAUACACAAGUAUAAAAAUGCAAUUAAAAAUAUCCUGAUGAGCAAAAGGACACUAUUUAAGAAGAUAAAAAAAAUGGGUCAGAAACCAUCAGUACCAAUUGAUAAUUUUAAAAGAAUUAAAAACUUUCGAUUAUUCAAUAAAGGCUUAAAAAGAGAUAAAAUUCAUCCAGAGAGAGAGGAUGAGGAAUAUUUCGAACAUGUGAAUGAGAGGGGAGAAUCCUAUGACAAUGAUCGUAAUGAAGAUUCUGGAGAUAGCAGCUAUUACUAUGGAAAUGAUAAUGACAAAAAGUUAAAAAGAAAAAGUAAGAAAAUAGGGAAAAUGAGAAGGAAAAAAUACAAAUACUACAAAAGAAAUAAAGGACAUAAAAAUUUCUUUAGUAAAAAAUUGUAUUCUUUAGGCAAUUUUGAUCAAAAGUAUUUUAAAAAAGAAAAGGAGGAGAAGAAGAAGAAGAAAAAGAGGAAAAAAAAAAAAAAGGUAUCAUCUUCCAAGGGAGAAAGAGGAGGAAGUGCACAUGAUUCUUUCUCCUCUGAAAAUGAAAAAUCAUAUGAAACUUUACAUACAUCACAGUUAAGUUUUAGCAUUUUUCAUCUGUUUAAGGAAAAGGACGAAACAUUAAAUGGCGAAGAAUUUGAUGAAGAUAUCUCUGAAGAUAAUGCAAAUGAGCAAAUAGAAAUUGGAAAGGAUCUAGCAGAAGAGGAAGAUGAGGAAGAAGAUGAAGAAGCGGAGGAAGACCAUGAUGAUAUGUACAAUUCAAAUGAGAGAAAGACGAUUAAAUAUGACAGUAUUUUAAAAUUUAGUCUAAUGAACAUGGGAAAUAAAAAAGGAAAACAAAAAGAGAAAAAUAACUUAAAACUUAAGAGAAAUAUAAAAAGGAAGAAUAAGAAAAACCGAUUUAAUGUGACUCCUUUUUUUAGUACCAUGGAUAAGGGACAUAAGGAGGAGCAGGAGGAGAAGAAGAAGAAGAAUAAGAAAAAGAAAAAAAAAACACCCAUUGGACUGUCCAAAAUUAGGAAAAAUGGAAAAUCAAGUUUGAUAAAAUAUAGUACGCGUAGCAAUUCGUCAGAUAGUGAUAAUAUGAACAUUGUUUCAAAUAAAAGAAAAAAAUUUGAUGAAGAGAAAAAUGAACAUGAUACAGAUAUAAAGGUAACUUUCCAGGAGAACGAUCUGAAUUCCAGUAUGAAUAAAAAAGAUGUGCAGGAAGUAAAUGAGGUUGACAAAAUAAAUAUGAAUGGAGAUUGUUAUGAGGUAGUGAAUGAGGAUAUGAAUGCAAAAGAUAAUGAACAUGAUAGGAAAAGAAGAAUAUCAUUGAGAGAUUUUCCCAUAAGUAAGAAAGAAAGCAGAAAAUCAAAAAAUCAAAAAAAAAAAGAUUAUUAUGAUGGAGGAUCCUUGUCUUUAGGAAUAUGUGUCAGAUAUGCAGAAGAGCCUUUUAAUAAAUCCAAAAUUGUCACAUUUGUCAAUAGCUACAUAUUUAUAAACAGAUUACCGUUUGACAUAAAAAUUUCAACAGAUUCGGUUAGAAAGUCGGCUAGUAUUUUUGUAACCCAAAAUGCAAACUUUCAUCGAGAUUUUAACCAUACAUAUAAGGAAUUUAUACCAAUGGAACCAAUAAAUACCAACAGAGGCGUAAAUAACAUUAAAUCUAUCAAUAAUUUAUCAAUGGAAAAUGAAAUAUGCACAAAUAAUAUGAACGAUACUAAUAGGGUUAAGGAAAAUUCAAAACUCGAAAUUUGCAAGGAUCAAACAGUAGAUAUGGAAUCCUUCAGAAUUUCUGAUAAUAAAACGGAAAACUCUAUCAUAAAGAGUAAUAGUAGAAAAACGUCCAAUAUAAAUAACAGUAGUUUUCACGAAAGUGUGACAUAUAAUGAAAAUAAGAAUAAUGUCAUUAUAACAAAUAGAAAUUCCACAAAUUAUGAAAAUAACGAAAUACAAAAUAAGGAGACUAAUAAAACAGAUCAGAAUACAGGAAACAAUAAUAAUAAAAAUUUAAAGAACACCGACACAGCAAAAAAAAAUGAGACUUUAAUAAAAAGUGGAGAAAUUACAUCUUUCCACUAUCAUAGGAGUUAUAUAAAAAUAAAGGACAGCAGUGAAGAGUACAGUUCAUUGCCAUUUUCAUUAAUUCCAAAAAAUGUUCCUUCAAAUUUUCAAAUAGAAUUAUUUAAUAUUAAUAAAUCACAAAUAAAUAACACAAAUAAUUUAUUAGUAGAAGUAAAUGUAUGUAGUGGAAUUUUUGGAGAUAAACAGCAAUUGCCAUAUACAUAUAAUGGCUAUUUUUACAUUCUGAGUUUACCAGUUAGACCACAAUUUGAAAUUAUUAAUGCCACGAAGUUUAUAAUAGCUUAUGCAACUGAUGUAAAUAAAUAUACAAAAAAGUAUAUGAAUAAUUAUGAUUCUUAUUUUGGUAGAAGCACAAAAAAUGGAGAUUUCCCUGUGAAAAUGAUUUAUCCUUACAGUUCUAUAUACUACACACUGAGAAAUAAUAACGAAAUUGAGUUAUCUAAAAUUGCUUUGAAAAUUGUAGGGGUUCAGAAAAGCUCAUGGUGCAUUAAUUCAAUUAAUUCCUUUAUUGAUAAUGUUGUUUUGUUGCCUUAUAGAGUAUAUGGGGAAAAUAAGCUAUCGUCCAAAAGAAAAGCAAAAUCUAGAAAAAGUAGAUACAAGAACAGAAAUGAUGCCUAUAUUUUAACAAAUAGAAAAAAUUCAGAAAAAACACCUUUGGAAAAUUAUGGUAGUAAUGUUUUGACUAGAUUCCACUCGAAUGACAGCUUUUCAGAUGCAGAUAAUGAUAACGGGAUUUUUAGUGAAGAGUUGGAAAAAGAAGAGGUUGGAAAGAGAAAGCAAAAAAUCGAAAAGGAUAAUAUUUUCUUAGGACAUAAUUUAGUAAAUAAAAAAUUAUAUUCCUUUUUAAUUAUAAGAGAUAACGGAAGUAGAGCUAUUGUUAUUACAGAAAAGUAUAAUUUAGCACGAGAAAUAGUAAGUACAAAAAAUUUUAGCAAAAUUCAUAAAUUGUUAGCUAUAAGUAGUAGAAGGAAACUUUUAUUAUCAAAUAAGCAUAUUAAUAGAAAAUAUAUGUUAGAUUAUAAAAAAAUGAAUUUUGUUUAUUUUAAUUUUCCAAAUGUUCCUAUAAUAUACAAAAUUAAUAUUCCUAGAUUGACAAUUACAUGGAUUCAUAGACAAGAUGUGGUAAUAGCUAUUCAUUUAACGAAUUUAAAAUAUAGUGGUCAUAUAUAUCCUAAAGAAAUAACAAACUAUGACAUAAAUCACAUGUUUACUCCUAUCAACAUUUUAAAAAAAAAAGAAGUAGAAGAAUACGUACAAUAUGUUUUUCUAAAUAGUUAUAUAGAUUCCAUUUUUCUAAUUGAGCAAAUACAUAUAGAUCAUUUUGUAAAAGGAGAUAUUCCUGUCAUUUUGAAAAAUACAAAUAUAGAAGAAAAUGAAGAUAUAUUCUUAUACAUACAUGUAAAACAGUACUGUGUUGAUUUGCUUAAACAAGCACCUAUAUAUCAAGGCAUAACGAUAAAAAUUUCCCCUAUCAAUGCAAAUAUUGAAUUGUUGGUUAUUGAACAAUUAAUAGAAAUUAUGGAAAAAGAAAAACAAUUACUAUUGCUGUAUGAAAAGGAAGAUAAAUCGUUACCACCUCUCAUUGCAACGUCUGAAACUGCAAAGGAUGCUAUAAAUACCACUUUGAAAAUAUUUUCUGAUACGAAAUUUCUAAAAGCAUUGUAUAUAGAAGAUUAUGUAAAACGAAAGACAGAGAAUAAUUUUAUUUUGAGAAAUAACCAAAUUUUGAAUAAUAAAAUAAUUUUAAAUGCUGCAAAUAGAAAUGAAAAUAAUUAUAGAAGGAUGCAUAACUAUAAGAAGAAAAUUGUAAAGGAAAACGAGGCUCUUAUGAAAUCCAAUGCAUAUUCUUACUAUUUUAACUCUCAAAAGGCUAGAGUAACAGCACAUAAUAGAAUGAUAAAUAUUAACAACAUAACAGAAAAAAUGUGUUCAGAAGACUCGACCAAUAGUUCCAUAUCUACCAAUUUGACAAACAAAGAUAAGAGUAACAAUAAUACUAUACAUAAAAAAAUUUGCAAAGUGUUAGUUGGAUAUUAUAAAUAUAAGAAAGUACAUAAUUUAAUUAAUAACACUUAUUAUGACAUUAAUAAUAUCAAUGAUGAACGUUUAUUACCACUUAAAAUUCAGUAUUUUAAAAAACCCAAAAUUUUUAUGAAUGCAUUUUCAUCUCAUUUAUUUUUACAUCCAAAUCCAAGAUGGAUUGACAGCAGGAGCAAACCAGUAUAUAUCAGAGAAUUUAAAAUUAACCCAAUUGAAAUCAUAGCAUCUGUUAGAACAUCAGAACAUCGAAUUUCAAGAAGAAUAUUACAUAUUGUAGAUGCAUUACCAGUUGAUACUCCAUCUAUGCGUAUACAUUUGAUAUCACAGAAAAGGAAUUAUAUUGUAUGUACAUGGGAUGGAUUAUUUCAGUCUUUAAAAAUAUCUUAUUUUAGACAACUGUUGAGACAAUCAUUACCAAGUGCAUGGUUAUCAAACCCCUUUGCAUUUAUUAAAGGAUUUAUUAAAGGAAUUAUUGCACUCUUUAAAGAAACUAUAAGAGGUGUUAAAACAAGUUCUAACUGUUUUGAUGGAUUCAUGUCAGGAUUUAAGUGCGGUAUAAUCAUACUUGUUGUUAACACAGUAGGAGGAUUAUUUCAAUCAUUAAGUCAUAUGUUAAAUGUCUGUCAUAAAAUAAUGGGGGGUUCAAGGCCCAGACCUCCAAGUAUCUUGGAUUCUAUAAUUCUCGGAUUUGAUGGAUUGAUCCUAGACACAUUUUAUAGACCUUGGGUUUCGCUAUUCAAUGAACCAAAAAUUUCUCUUAACAAAGGAAAUAGCAACCUAAAAACGGUAUGUAUUGUAAUUGGUUGCAUUCUUAGAUGUCUAUUUUCUCCAAUUUUUGGCUUAUUAAACCUUUUUGCAUCCAUAACGGAAGGAUUUGCUAAUACACUUAUAGGAGAUUUCGAGAGAUUUUCCAGGGUUCAGGAGCGUGCGGAAUUUGAAACAGAAAAGGUGCAUAACAGAAUUUCUUCCAUGAAAAAGGGGAAAACAUUUAUGAAGAAGACUGUUAGAUAUGACAACAGAGUGUAA